CUGACCUCAGGGAGAAGCUGAAUUUGCCCGCAUCAUGACCCUGGUGGACCCCAAUGGACAGGGCACAGUCACCUUCCAGUCCUUCGUUGACUUCAUGACAAGAGAGACGGCUGAUACCGACACAGCCGAGCAGGUCAUCACCUCCUUCCGGAUCCUGGCUUCUGAUAAGCCAUACAUCCUGGCAGAGGAGCUACGUCGAGAGCUGCCCCCAGACCAGGCUCAGUACUGCAUCAAGAGGAUGCCCACUUAUUCGGGGCCGGGAAGCGUGCCUGGGGCUCUGGAUUACACUGCCUUCUCCUCUGCGCUCUAUGGGGAGAGUGAUCUGUGAGGCCCAGGUUCUGUAAUCGUUGAUCCCAUCAGAACACAAUAAAAUGCUCAAGUGGUGGUUGAUUUCUUGGAAACUUUG